AUGUCCCUGACUGUGCGGCAGUUGAACGCAGACUCCACCUUUCUCCUAACCUUCACACCGCCGUUCGCUCCUCCCAAGCACAAGUACAGGUUUCCCGGUACCUUCACUAUCCUCCUGGAUCCCUGGCUGAACGGCGCUUCCAUUGUCGGCCAUCCCAAGUUCGCAACCAACAAGCAUAGCAAGCCCGCAGCUAUCAGUUCCUUGGCUGAGCUGGACGAGGAUGUGGACCUCAUAAUCAUCAGUCAAGACAAAUCUGAUCACCUCCAUAAAGAGUCGUUAUGUUCGUUGUCAAGAGAUAGUAGGGUGCCAAUCGUAGCAACACCAAAGGCAGCGAAAGAGAUACGACGAUGGCAGCACUUCAAGAACGACGUCUUACACGUUCUUGAGCCAUUCGAUGCGAAAAAACCCGAUACAGUAAUGAGGAUACCGGUCGAGCCUUAUUCCUCUGCAAGCGCAGAAGGCGAGGUAACAAUCAACGAUGUCGUUCAGAAACGAGACAUCACUGGCUUGCACAACGCCAUCGGGAUAACUUAUUGCCCGCCUGGCACACUGCUCACCUCUCCCGAUGGCAGCACUGUGAAGCUUUCAGACAUGCCAAUGAUGUCUCCUUCGCGACCAGGAACAGCUGCUGACAGUCCCAACUCUCCGUCGUCUCCCAAGUCGCCAAUGAAACAGCGAUACAUACGAAGUUCUUUGGACGGGGUCGACUUUAUACGACCUUCUACACGACGACCGCCUUCCGGCGAUGACGACUACGAUGCCACGAAGCCUCCCGUUUCCAGAGGUCGAACCGGUUCUCCUCAAGGUAGACCUAGUACCAGUGGGUCUCGACCGCCAAUGUCACGUACAGUGAGCAAGAGGCAAGAUAACUUCGAGCACGUGCUGAGCGUGAUCUACACACCUCAUGGGGUUCCACCAGCUACACUCAGACCGUACGUCUACAAUCACCUUGCUCCAUUGCGAGGCGCAUUACCCGUGACUGCCCUUAUACACAGCCUCAACAUGGAGUCGAAUCCUUGGUUCAUGGGCGGGCUGAUCAGUGGAGGCGCACCAGGCGGCAUAAAGCUGCUCGAAGAGGUGGAUGUCAAGUAUUGGAUCUCGGCGCACGAUGAAAUCAAGGACAGCAGCGGGUUGGCCGUGGCGUGGAUUUCGAAGACGAGAUAUACUACUGAGGACACCACGAAGAUGCUGAGGCAAAGAGAAGGAAUGGGAUCGGGGAAAGCCGUGGGCACGCAGGUGGUUGCUUUGGAGUGUGGGGAGAGGAGGAGGUUUGCUGGAUAA